AUGCGGGGACGCAACACGUACACAACUGUCACCGGACAGAUCGCUUGCAAUCUGCCGAAGAUCCAGAUACAAACCACCGGCGAUUGCACCUCGGUCGACUCGACGAUCGUGAAACGAGACGCGGGAGAUGUACGGGACGAUGACACACCGAGCAGAGCGGACAGAUACGCAAUCACCAUACCAGCCGAGCACAGAAGCGCAUUGGAGGCGGCAAGGGCCUCGGGCAGCGAAGUUCCAGAACUGACGAAAGCAUGGGUCGACUUGAAAGAUACGAUCAUCACGGCCGAGGAGGGGGAACUAGCGGAAGGCAUGGCGUCUCCCAUGUCGAUCCUGAAGGGAGCAUGGGAUACCUUUCAAUCUCAGAGCCCGUGGGGUCAUCUGCUCACUCACAUUCAAGCUCAGUGGAUCGAAGGGGGCUCGGAGAGCCUGAUGUUCCGCAGGGGUUUGCUGGAUGCUGUGACUGACACACUCGCUGCCGACACGUUCCCCAAGGCCUUUAUCACCGUCACACCACGGUAUGGAGACCUUGGGAAAGAGAAGUCUCGCGUCACAUCAGCCAUCUUCUCAAAGCGUACUGGGGACACUGAGGGAGAACCUGCCAGUACGGACACAGUGGUCAAAUUUGGCGGCCACUAUCGCCUGACCUUGAAAAAGCUGGGCGAGUCAGUGAAUUCACUGUUGGGAGAAGAAUUCCCGGUGCCCGUGCGAGGUGCCGAGGAGAUCUGGUUUGCCAACUACCUGCAAGGUCUCCUGACUGAGGGAGACAACGACCGGCUGGGGGUGUACUAUCACAUCCGAACGGAGGAGGACGGAGUGGAAGCAAGCGCACAGGGCUGA